GCGCGGGAUGUGACCCCUUCCCCCUGCCCCCCGGGGCUCCGCCUUUGCCUGCUUUGGGGGGGGGGUGGGUGGGGAGGGGCGCGCGGAUCAUGGCAUUGGAGUUCCCGGGUUUGCAGCCGCCGCCGCCGCCUAGUCCACGCACCCCGAGCGCCCCUUCUUCCCGAAGCAGCAGCGGAGAAGGCGAAGCGGCCGGCGGAGGCGAGGCAGAUGGGGCUCAAGGCGCGCAGGGCGGCGGGGGCGGCUGGCGGCGGCGGCGACGGGGGCGGCGGAGGCGGCGGGGCCGCUAACCCGGCCGGAGGGGACGCGGCGGCGGCCGGCGACGAGGAGCGGAAAGUGGGGCUGGCGCCGGGCGACGUGGAGCAAGUCACCUUGGCGCUCGGGGCCGGAGCGGACAAAGACGGGACCCUACUGCUGGAGGGUGGCGGUCGCGACGAGGGGCUGCGGAGGACCCCGCAGGGCAUCGGGCUCCUGGCUAAGACCCCCCUGAGUCGCCCGGUCAAGAGGAACAACGCCAAGUACCGGCGCAUCCAAACUUUGAUCUACGACGCCCUCGAGAGACCGCGGGGCUGGGCGCUGCUCUACCACGCGCUCGUGUUCCUGAUUGUCCUGGGGUGCUUGGUUCUGGCCGUGCUGACUACCUUCAGGGAGUACGAGACUGUUUCGGGAGACUGGCUUCUGUUGCUGGAAACAUUUGCUAUUUUCAUCUUCGGAGCCGAGUUUGCUUUGAGGAUCUGGGCUGCCGGAUGUUGCUGCCGAUACAAAGGCUGGCGGGGACGACUGAAGUUUGCCAGGAAGCCCUUGUGCAUGUUGGACAUCUUCGUGCUGAUCGCUUCUGUGCCGGUGGUUGCCGUGGGAAACCAGGGCAAUGUCCUGGCCACGUCCCUGCGGAGCCUGCGCUUCCUGCAGAUCCUGCGGAUGCUACGCAUGGACCGGAGGGGUGGCACCUGGAAGCUCCUGGGCUCGGCCAUCUGUGCCCACAGCAAAGAGCUCAUCACCGCCUGGUACAUCGGGUUUCUGACGCUCAUCCUUUCUUCAUUCCUCGUCUACCUGGUUGAGAAAGAUGUGCCGGAGGUGGACGCCCAAGGGGAAGAGAUGAAAGAGGAGUUUGAGACCUAUGCCGAUGCCCUUUGGUGGGGCCUGAUCACACUGGCCACCAUUGGCUAUGGAGACAAGACGCCCAAGACGUGGGAAGGCCGUCUGAUCGCAGCCACCUUCUCCUUAAUCGGCGUCUCCUUUUUCGCCCUUCCAGCAGGCAUCCUGGGGUCCGGGCUGGCACUCAAGGUGCAGGAGCAGCAUCGCCAGAAGCACUUUGAGAAGAGGAGGAAGCCCGCUGCUGAGCUCAUCCAGGCUGCCUGGAGAUACUACGCUACCAACCCAAACAGGAUUGAUCUUGUGGCAACAUGGAGGUUCUAUGAAUCAGUCGUCUCUUUUCCGUUCUUCAGGAAAGAGCCACUGGAUGCAGCAGCCAGCCAAAAGCUGGGUCUCUUGGAUCGGGUUCGCCUUUCUAAUCCUCGUGGUAGCAAUACUAAAGGAAAGCUAUUUACCCCUCUGAAUGUAGAUGCCAUAGAAGAAAGUCCUUCUAAAGAACCAAAGCCUGUUGGCUCAAACAAUAAAGAGCGUUUCCGCACCGCCUUCCGCAUGAAAGCGUACGCUUUCUGGCAGAGCUCUGAAGAUGCCGGGACGGGCGACCCCACAGCGGAAGACAGGGGCUACGGGAAUGACUUCCUCAUCGAAGACAUGAUCCCCACCCUGAAGGCUGCCAUCCGAGCCGUCAGGAUUCUGCAAUUCCGUCUCUAUAAAAAAAAAUUCAAGGAGACGUUGAGGCCUUACGAUGUGAAGGAUGUGAUUGAGCAGUAUUCCGCAGGACAUCUAGACAUGCUUUCCAGGAUCAAGUACCUUCAGACCAGAAUAGACAUGAUUUUCACUCCCGGACCUCCGUCUACUCCAAAACACAAGAAGUCUCAGAAGGGGGCAGCCUUCACCUACCCGUCCCAGCAGUCUCCCAGGAAUGAACCGUAUGGAGCCAGACCUGCCACAUCAGAAACGGAAGACCAAAGCAUGAUGGGGAAGUUUGUGAAGGUCGAGAGGCAGGUUCAUGACAUGGGGAAGAAGCUGGAUUUCCUGGUGGAUAUGCACAUGCAGCACAUGGAAAGGCUCCAGGUCCAUGUCACCGAGUUCUACCCGACCAAGGGGUCCUCCUCCCCAGCCGAGGUGGAGAGGAAACAGGACCCCAGGGAUCCGGAUUUGAACACCAUCCUCUGUAACUAUUCCGAGACAGGCCCCCCAGACUCCGCCUACACGUUCCACCAGGUGCCCGUUGACAAAGUCGGCCCCUAUGGGUUUUUUGCCCACGACCCAGUGAACCUGCCCCGAGGGGGACCCAGUUCUGGAAAGGUCCACGCCACCCUCUCCUCCCCAGCAGCGACAUAUGCAGAAAGGCCCACCGUCCUGCCAAUCUUGACUCUUCUCGACUCCCGAGGGGGCUUCCACUCCCAGGCUGAACAGCACGGGCCCUGCUCAGAGCGGGUCUCCCCCCGGCAGAGACCCAGCCUCACCCGGGACAGCGACACGCCCUUGUCCCUGAUGUCGGUCAACCACGAGGAGCUGGAACGGUCUCCAAGUGGCUUCAGCAUCUCCCAGGACAGAGACGACUAUGCAUUUGGCCCAGGUGGGGGCUCGAGCUGGAUGAGGGAGAAGCGGUACCUCGCCGAGGGUGAGACAGACACAGACACAGACCCUUUCACCCCCAGCGGCUCCAUGCCUCUGUCGUCCACGGGGGAUGGCAUUUCGGAUUCAAUCUGGACCCCUUCCAACAAGCCCACGUGAGAGGGGUCAUGGGCUGACUCCUCCUUGUCACUUUGCUCACUUUGCUCUCACGCCCGCCUCGUACCCGUGAGAUCGCCGGUGGCUGCGUCAAACGCCUGCAUGUGCGUGGCGGCCCCACCUGGGCAGGGGCUUGUCAAGGCUUUUUUCCUCCCCAGGUCACUACAGUGAAGCCGCCUCCUUUCAAGCAUGGUUUGCAUGACUUUCCACUAUAUAAAUGGUCCCGCUAAUCUCUUCUAGGAUACGCAUUUAUCUGCUGUUCUUACUUUGAAUCAUGGCUGGACCAGUACAGGGAGAAAGUACGGAUGCGCUGUGCUGUGUGUCUGCGUGGUUGGCUGAUUUGGGUUCGGGUUUCGUAAGCAAAUCCCUUUCUGUUACUUCUUACAUCCCUGCCCCUUUGUAUAAAACACUCCAACGAUGACCUGUUUGCUAAAGCAAGCAGAUGAUUCUCUCCACAGAAAUCCAUGGCGAACCGGGAGUUCCCGUUGUGGCUCAGUGGUAACAAACCCUACCAGGAUCCAUGAGGACACAGGUUUGAUCCCUGGCCUCGCUCAGUGGGUUAAGGAUCCAGCAUUGCCGUGAGCUGUGGUGUAGGUCGCACCUGCAACUCGGAUCUUGCAUUGCUGUGGCUGUGGUGUAGGCCAGCCACUGCAGCACCGAUUCGACCCCUCGCCUGGGAAUUUUCAUAUGUCACAGGUGCAGCCCUAACAAGCAAAAACAGGGGAAAAAAAAGGGUUUUUAUUUUAUUUUUUUUUUGAGGUUGCCUCCUCACCCUAAACCUGAGGAAAGGGGCAAGAUAGUCAUUGCAUCUCCAAAACCCCAAAUUUAAAACAUUAUUUUAUUAAGGAAAAGGUGGGAAAACUGUCUUAAAGCUCUCAACGCGUCCUCACUUGAUCUGUCCUUGUCAACUGUCCCGCCUCGGUGUCCGCAUCUGUAAGAUGUCGUGGCAAUUCCAAGUGCAGCAUUUCAGAUGGGUUGCGAAUGGACAGGGAGAAGACACACACACAUUAAAAUAGUUCCCAAUUGAUGUGGCCAAAGAUAACAAAAUGUGCCAGAAAUGGGAUGUCCCUCCGGGCAAGAGCUACGUUCAGUGCCUUCGAAACGAGGUUCCAACUCGCAUUCCUCCCCAAGAAGCUUGUGCAGAAUCUCAAGUAAGAGCUAAGGUCAAGAGGGUACACAGAAAUGAUCUGGUCCAGGUCUUUCCUUGGGAAAAUGAGACACCUUAGGCUCAGGUAAAGAUACAGUCCCAGGAUCACUCUCCUGUCCCCUGGAGAACUGGGACCCAAAGCUCAGUCAGCUGACUCGCUCCAGGCCCUGGUCUCCUCCUGCCACACCACUUUGCCAGUUUUCCCAAUGGGACCCAAAAGUGGUGCCAGGCUGCCUGUGUUCUGUGUUGUGUGUAAAGCCCUCAGGACACAGUUUGUCUGGGGGCGGGGGCGGAGGGGGGGUGUCUGCUUUUAUUGCAACAUGUGCUUAUCUGAUGCUUUGCUUUUUGGAUCUAGGAAAAAAAAUAAUGCCAGAAAGCUACAACCUUUAUUAAUAUGCAAAUGGACCAAAUUUCCAGAACCAUCCAGUGUUACUCCUCUGGAUGUAUUUUUAAGCCACGCAUGGCCGUAAGGCUGCUCAAGGGUAAGCAGACAGGCUGGAGCACAGUCCUGCUGAGUCAGUGCUAAUAUGAAGCAGAAGCUGUCCUAUCCCUAGUCUCUGAAACACAUUGAUGGAAAAUGUUUCUGUUAGGCUUGGGCUGCAUUAGCUAAAUGACCACAUCGUAGCGUUAUUGCCUCUUUCCUUACGUUUGAGCACUGGUUGAGGAUGGUUGCCAUGACGACUGCAAAGAUGUUGGAAAUGCCCCAGUGAGUGUCUACACCCCACUGACGUUCCUCCGCCCAGUCUUGUCAAGAGCCGUCGUGGAUGAGGCAGACCGGAGGUCGGUGUUUCAUCAUUGCCUAAUGCAGUGGUCUUGCACCAUGUUGGAGGGAGGAGCUUCCUCCCCAUAGAUUGGUUUCUUUCAACCCCGUAUGUCAACAGGUACCAUGUAAAAGGCUCAGGGUACAGUAACGAUGAAGGGUCAGCCCCUGACUUUAGGAACUUAGAACCAACCCUGAAGUCCUUGGCUUCAUGAGUGGUAGAAAAGGAGUCUUACGCAGAGAGUUCCACAAGUGGAUGGGAAAUCCACUUGAAACCCGAGGUGGGAAACACACAAGAAUGAGCGCAUGUUAUCAGACAUGGAACCCCUCCCCCAUGGUUUAUCAUUUGACUUUCUGGCAAUCUGAAGGGCAAAGGGAAUAGGUCACGUGACCCUCCUCCUGACCCCCUUUGAUCUGGUUAAGAGUGCCGUUGGGGUGGAUGACCUAAGGGGGUGACUUAUGCCCCUUAAGGGUUUGGUUCUUGAUUCUGACCUUCCCAGACUCUUUCAUCAAAAGUGAUUGCGUGACCUCCCACCUAACAUAACAUACUAGUUACUUUUUUUUUUUAACUUAUUAGUAUUCUUGCAGAACCUACAGACUUCAGCGUCUUAGAAAUAGAAGCAUUUUCCAGGAACUCAAUGGAAUUCCCAGCUGGAAGAGUAAAAUCUUUCUCAUCCUCAAGCUAAAAACUUUGGAUCCAAAGUUAGAGGUUCUUUGAAUAAAUGACAAAGCAUUGGAGUUUGGAUUAUUUUCCAAACCAUAAGAGGGCAGUCUAGCUUCCCUGCUGGAUCACAAGGCCAGGACAGCAGGGACUGAGUUUGUGAUGAUUACGUAUCUCCAAUGUAGUAUGUUGUCUUUAUCAGUAUAGACAAAGGAGAAUUACAUUUUCAUGAAUGAAUAAAUGAUAAGAAUCUUAAAAGCUAUUCUUUUCCAUCUAAGAACAAAGAAAAAAUGAUCUCCUGGAAUAUUCUGCUUUGAUAUUCCUUAAAAAAAAAAAAAAAAUUCCAAAAAUGGUAACUGACCUACUCAGGUUUUCCACCUGUAGACAAUACCAUCAACAUGGCCAACACCGAUGAGUAGAAAUUUAAGGUCUAGGAUUGAACACAAGUUACAGGGAGAAAGAGUGUAUGCUUCCUCAGAGAUCUUUUUUGACGAACGAAAACCCAGCAUGAUGGAAUAACCCAACAGAAUUGGUUAAUAACACAGCCUAAGAUUAUUCUACUUCAGAUAUACCAGUGGCUCUGAAGCUUGCCCAGGAAAUUGCAGACAUUUCAGCAGAACUCCAUGAAAUAAUAACUUAAUUCCAUCAUAAAAACUAAAUAUGAGUUUCUCAUGUGACACUGUGAUACCCUUAUAUGUGUUCCUUUUCCGUGCGUCACAACAUGAUGUAUGUAAAAUUUAAGAGGUCAUGAUUUAGCAGGAUCAAAAUUAGUGAGAUAAAUCCACUUUCCAGCUGUUAGGUGAAAGGUGAUGCUAAUAGGCUGAGAGGAAACUACUUGAGAUCAGUUUCGAGUUUUGACUUUCAAAGACUAGCACACACAAAAAAAUACUGAAAAAAAAGUUUUAAUUGUGAGAGGAAAAGGAAAAAAAUAACAAAUUGAGAGAAUUCUAUCCAUGAACUGUUUGUUCUCGAAACUAAGAGAUUAGACUUAUUAAAAGUGGCAUUGAUAUUAUAAAGCUCUAGUUUUCAUCAAAAUAUAGCCAGAAAAAUUCCAAGAUAUAUGAUAGGUCAAAUGAGCUCAUUAAUCAAUUAUAUGCAUCUAACGCCUAUUUUGUGCAAGGCAUUUCCCAGGCACUGUAAGUUGAAAGGAUAGUUACUUACAGAAACUGCUAAUAUAACAGGAUCUACGCAUAACUUUGCCAAGAUCAUUCUCGUAAUUCUGUGCCACUCUAAUGAGGGUGAUAAAAACAUUCAUUUUUUCCUUCAUUUACAAGAUUUAUUAAGCACCACUCUGUUCUAGGCAUUGCACAAAGCAUCAGCAAUUGAGAAAUAAGAAAAAUACAGCACACCAUCAAAAAGCUAGGACUCUAAUGACCUCAAGUUAUUAAAGGUCCCUCCAAACUAUGUCUACCAGAAGUGGAAAGAAUCUGGUCUCAUCCCUCUAGACGACCCUCUACAGACAGGAAUGCUUCCUAGAUUGGAAUCGGUGAGGGACAAUGUGGAAGAAAGUGAAAGCGGAAAUUCUGCAUCAAAGUGGUCCUGAUCCCAUCAGCUCAGGGAAGCCUGAGGUGGUUGUAUGGGAACUUUCAGCUUGGGUUCAAGGCUUGGGACGUUAUAGCGCUAGAUGAGCUCUGCAAGGAAGAGUUUCCAGAGUGUCCGAGAAAGUUCUGGAAGAAACCAGCUUUCUCUUCCUCUCUGAAUCACUACUAUGAUUGAGACCCGGCAAGGAACUAAGCUGCUUCCACUUCAUUGUGUUGACCAAGAGACGCUUAUAGUAAAGACCAAUAUACAGCGUCUAGUUGAAGAGAAAGUGUCACAGUUCUUCUGGAAACCUGCCCAUCACAGUGUCCUGGGGCAAGAAAAGAAGUGUGACCAGUGUCCUAAGGAGUCAACUGCACUUUGGACAGCGCUGCCAAGCACACCCCUGGCUUCCUCCAGAGGAUGCCACGUAGUGGUCUUUGUUCUCCUUGCAUACACAUCUAAGGCACCUGGAACCCCAAGGAUUGUGUUUUCCCCAGGAGGAAUACACCUGUGUCCUCACUUGUCUUUGAAGGCUUGCUUGUUUCAGGAUGAACGUUUAAACAGACCAUAAGACCUUUCUUUGUAUUCAAAUCAACCCAAAGUUCUCGUAUCACUGAUAUCACACUAUUGAAAACCGAGCCACAGCCCCUAAAUCUGGUAGCAGGUGUCACGAUGCCCAGGUCAGAACAUGCUAGGAACCAGGCUGUCUGUAGUUUUAGUGCUUUAGGAAACCAGUAAUGGAAAACGCCAAAGCGAUAGGAAGGAAAUAGAGAUACCCUGGAUAAAGAUUUGACUUCUCUUCAAACGUGUUUGUGUUUGGCUUUUCUGACAUGUUUUGAUUUUCGAAAGAGACAAUCCGUGUAGAUAAAGCCCCCAAAACAGUGGCUGCUACAUACGGGGGACUGUCAGUCAUGUUCUUUUUUUUUUCACAGCGUGUGUGAAUUCUAUUGCCUCAGUCUUUGGUAUUACCCGUGAACUCUAAACUUACAUCAGAAAAAAAUGGGUAGAUACAAUUUCAGUUUUUACACGACAAAAAACAGGCAUUUUCACAAUUGCUAUUUAAAUAAGGACAUCCCUAGAAAUAAAAAUGCUUACUUUUUGCAUCAGGAUAGGGAAGAGGGGGAUUGUUGGAAUGAAGAAAGCAGGAUUAUCAGAUCCCAGUGGUUGAGCUGUGGCAGUUUCUUUGGACGUACCACACGAGGCCCUGCAUCACUGUCUCAAAGGAGGAACUUAUAGGAGGUAAAGCCAAAUAGCCGGAAUAAUUAAAUAUAAAGAAAGGAGUAGUUUCGACAACGAACAUCAACCACGCCAUGAUGUCUGUUGGACCAAUGCUAGCCAUGACUGAAGAACUUCCCAGAAAGCGCUUAGACCCAAGGGGACUUAUUCCCACCUUUGAACAACCUCAACUCUGGCCUUGCUGGAGGGAAACUCUGACUAGUAUUUUUGCUUUAUUGUCAUAGAUGCAGGUAGGUAUAACUUCAUAGAUUCUUAGAGACUCAGAGCAAGAAGAGACUUUGACCGCCCAGAAAAACCACUUUGCUUUUUCUAUCAGGAAGCAGAGACUCCAAGCACAGGGAAUCACACUUAGUCAGUGACUGGAUGCAUGAUGGGGUAGCAGAAUCUAGAACUCGGGUCUUCUAACUCCUGGUCCAUACGUUGGAGAUCAAAAACUAAAAAGUGAUAUAUACCCAGUGAGAACAGAGGAUCGCUAUUGGACCCAGGGGAUAGAGAGAAUUUCCUGGUCCACUGGAGCAACUGCUACGUGAGACAUCUGUAUCAGCACCUCUUCCCAUCUCUUACCAUUGAUGAUCGCACGCCUUGAAAGAAGGCACCUUUCCUUCUUCCAAAAUCCCGCUGUAUUCAAAAGGCGUGGAAAUGCCACUGCUGCUGAGUGCGGUGGAGAAAAGGAAAGAAGAACACCCCUCCCCUCCCCUGACCUCUCCCACUGUGUUGCCCAUCUGUCCUCCCACACUUAGGCUGCUUCAGCUCUUUGGUCCAACCUUGGACUCAUUUAGCUCCUGAGUCAAGUCCCAGAUGAUCUCUUUAGCUACAAGCCAAUUUAACAGGGUUUCUCUUGAAACAAAACAAAACUUUAGGGGCUUUGAUUUUAGGAAAUGAGAUGCGAUUUCUUUGAGGAAUUAUAUGACCCCAAGUUACCAGGUCUACUAAAGUUGUCCCAUGUGCACUGGGGUCUCUGGGUCUCUUCUGGGCACAGACUGGUUCCCCCCACUUUGUCCCAAAGAAUGUCUGUCUUGGCCAGAUGACAACCAGGUAUUCUAGAGUCUUUCCCCAAAACUACAACAAAGCAAACAGGAUUCAACUAAUGAUAGGUUUGUAUAACUAGAAAAUUAUUUUAAAAAGUAAGCAGGUCUCUAUUGGCUCAAAUGAGGAUUUCCACAGUUGGUUUCCACUUAUGUUGUGCUUGGGAUAGAUUUUCCAGGAUUUGGCUGAGAUGCCCCACUGCUCUUGUUAAACCCAGAAGUGGGAUGUUCAGGCUGGGCCAGAAGCUCUGAAGAGAUGGUCAGAAAGAAAGGUGGUCAAGUUUUUGGCCAGUGAUUUUAAAGACUGUCAUUCUAUUUUUCUUCGCCUUCGCAUAGCCCCAUUCUGGAGUUUAAAUAAGUUUCAGAGAGAAAGAAAGAAAAAAUGGGCUGUCUGGGAGAAUAUCCUGGAGUUCCCUGGUGGCCUAGUGGUUAAGGAUCCAGCAAUGCUACUGCUGUGGCUUAGGUUCUGUCCUUGGUCCUGGAAUUUGUGCAUGCCAUGGGUGUGUCCAAAAAAAUAAAGAAUAUUCUGAGGGUGACUUAUAAUUAAGCCGUCAAAAGCCUUGCGCAGGGCUUAGGAAUGUAUUUGCAGUUCCUCUUAGACUUGUCAAGUGGACUACAAUUUAACGCCUAAGAGUAAUACAAAAUGAGAGCAUGUUUUUCAGUAUUCUCUUCCUCAGCCCACAAGACUGAGGUCAGGGAAGGGGAGUGAAACUCGCCCUAAACUCUCUUUAUGUGUGGCACCUGACCUCCAAGUCCUCUCUCUCUGCCCCUCUCUCUUGACUUCAUGCAGUCCUCAUCACAGCCUCACAGGGAGAUGGUACACCUUCCAUCUUCUAGAUGAGAAAGCUGGAGAUGAGAGGCAGGAAUGUCACACAGUAGAAGUGGUACAGCUGAGCUCCCACCCAAAGCUCAUGUGCCUCCAAAGCUCAUUUUUUUCCUCCCCAGCCCACGUCUCCCAGGUCAAUGGAACUGCUCCCCAAUCACACCCUGUAGUCUUGCACAAAGCCUUGCUCUCCUACACCUGUCACCUUUCCAGUAAAAUGUCACAGUCCUCCUGGUUCCCUGGAGGGAAGAGUGAUUCUUGUACCAACUGUUUCCCUUGCUGUUCAGUGGAUCCUGCCUAUUCCUUUGAGCAUCUUCACAAUCCAGCUGUCGGUGGCAGAAGACAAAGCUACAUAAAUUGUCAUCUGGUUCAUGCUGGAAUCCGUUUGCUCUGGGAGUUUGGUGUGGCUACAGAUGAUCCCACAAAUGCCUCUUGUUCGUUGCCCCCAGGGAUCUCCUCUCAUUGUUUCCACCGAACAAGUUCAAAUGUCCUUCCUGACUCUGGUCUUUUGUCUCUAGACUAUACCUUUAUUUCAGGGCUUUGAAAUCCUGCAGAAACAGGUGAGUCGUCAAAAACCUUCUCUGGAAGGCCAGACGCUCAGAGCACUUGUGUUUCUCUGUCUCAAUAUUAAAAGAUCAAGGUUUCCAGUGGAGCCAACCUGAUCUAAUAAUUGGGCUCUUCUUUUCCCUCUGAAUCCUCUUCCAAGGGAGAGAAGCACAGCCCCAGCCUCCAAAAUUAAGCAUCCAGGUCGAAGGCCAAGUUCCAAGUCUGGCAGCCACCAUUUAGUUGGGGGGCCAAGGGCGUUGCUGUUGGGGAGGUAAGGCAGGCACCGCCCCUCUUGAAAACCAUCCUAGAAAGAUGAGCCCACUUGGUCAGAUGUGCCAAUCAUUCCCAGUUUUAAAGAGGAAAAUGCUUUCCACAUUGCUUCCAAUGGGAUAUGGCUAUGCUUCCUCGUUUUUCUCUUGGUACCGUAGCAGUGAGGGAAACACCAGUCUCAGAAGAGCAGGUGAGGUUUCCAGGGACAUCGGAUCUAUAUUUGGGAUUGUAUUUUCAUUCAUUCCCUUUUACAGCAUAGCAUUCUGGUACCUUGCUCCCUGAAUUUGUCUCCAUGCUACAAGCAGGCUUUCUUCACAUUCUGGCUUACACGGGAACACAACUCUUCCACAAGUGGCCUUUAGUGCUCUUUAUAAUAUGAUUUCCUGUAAUUUUUAAACUGUAUGUGUAAUUUAUAUUCUGGCUCUGUCCGAUAUUUGAACAACUUUAAUAGGUUGAUUUCCAUAUAUAUUAUGCAGACAAUUCUUACCUGGUUUUUUUUUUAUGUUCUAUCUUAAAAUAAAUACUGCACCACUUAUUAAUAAAUAGACAUUUCAAU